CACCAACCGGAAGUGGGUACACGGUGAUGUGACCCCGCCCCCCCGAGGUGAGCUCCGUACUGCGCGCUCCAUUCAUCCGUCGUCCCCAGUUCCUCAGUGACGCCCUGAUUUGCUUGUACUCCAGUACCGAGAUGUGCCGGUUCCGGUUCAGCUUUUGGUCUUGGUCUUGUGUGUUGAGCCUGAGCCUCCUGAGAUCCAGAGCUCUAGAACUAGACCAGCUUUUCCCCUUUGGAGAAGAAGCAGGAGACCAGCAGUUGAAGUCCGGCUCUGAUUCCACCGCCGAACUUUCCCUCAAUGGAUCGCUGCUGCUCUUCAGCGAGAACUUCCACAAAGUUUAUAUCAACACCAAUGGAUUUGUGUCAGUGGUGCAGCCUCCGGCCGAGAAGUGGUACCUGGGCAAGAUGCCUGCGUCUUUCAAGAUGGUGGCGCCGCUACUUGGAGACCUGGAUACCAGCGAUGGGCGAGGUAGGGUCUACUUCCGAGAGGACGCGGACCCUUCCAUGCUGAGUCGAGCGACUGCGCACGUUAGGAAGGCUUUCCUGGUGGACGACACCGUAAAAGCAUCCAGCAUCCUGGUGGUCACCUGGGAGAACGUGGCCGCCGCCGGGACGUCCGAUAGAGGGGAUGGCUUGGACGUGGAGAGAAACACCUUCCAGUUGGUGGUGGUCUUCAUGCCAUCUUCCACCUGCGCCAUCCUGCUGUACCCUGCAGGUGGCCUGCAGUUCCUGUCCACCGUAGUGGCGGGCCACAAGCACCGCCUGGAGGCCGGCUUCAACGAAGGCAUGCUGCAGGGAUGGUUUUUCAACCAUCAAGGGGUCUACUUCCGCACCACCACGAACAACGAGACCUCCAUCGCGGAGCUGGGAGAAAAGACCAAUGCGGCUCAGGUGGGAGUUUGGGUCUAUGAGAUGGGAGCCACGCCCGAAUUUGUUGACAUCCGACCAGGAAAUGCCACAAUGUUGCCAUGGCAACAAGAGGACAUAUCAACGCAUGUAAGUCAGCUAACCACAGUGAUGGAAGGGCUGGAUGUGUUGAGGACUCAGACUCCAGUACAUAACCAAACCGGUCACCCGAAGUCUGAGAUCACAACAGUUGGGACCAACAUGGACGCUCAAGAACCAGAAGAACUGGUGACACAGUAUCCCCAACCCGAGACCAACGAAACAUCAUCAUACAAUCAAUCCGACUGGGACCAGCAAACCAACUACAACCGAUCUGAUCCAGCAUACCAUGAAAGUCCAGAACAACAAGAGCCAAAACCCACUGAAGAACCAGAACAACUUUCAAGAAAUCCUGAACAUCCAGAUCAACCCAAAAAGAGAUACCCCGACCACAACCGACCUGAGUCGACAUACCAUGAAGAACCAAGUCAACCUGAGCCAAGACAUCCUGACCAACCUGAGUCAACAUACCAUGAAGAACCAAGUCAACCUGAGCCAAGACAUCCUGACCAACCUGAGUCAACAUACCAUGAAGAACCAAGCCAACCCGAGUCAAGAUAUCCUGACCAACCUGAGUCAACAUACCAUGAAGAACCAAGCCAACCUGAGUCAAGAUAUCCUGAUCAACCUGAGUCAACAUACCAUGAAGAACCAAGCCAACCUGAGCCAAGAUAUCCUGACCAACCCAAGUCAACAUACCAUGAAGAACCAAGUCAACCUGAGUCAAGAUACCAUGAAGAACCAAGCCAACCUGAGUCAAGAUACUAUGAAGAACCAAGUCAACCAGAGCCAAGAUAUCCUGACCAACCUGAGACGACAUACCAUGAAGAACCAGAACCCCCCAAACAGAGAUAUCACAACCAACCCGAUCAACCAGUCUCAAUAUAUCCAGACCAACUGGACUCAAGACACCAGGAACCAAUUGAGUCAACGUACCACGAAAAAACACAACACCCAAAUCAGGGAUCCCAUGAAGAACCCGACCAACCAGAACAGAAAAACCCGGACCACCGUGAUCAGAACUCUUCGGACCGUCUUGAUCAGCGAUACCAAGAUAAACCUGAACCAGGUUACCCUCAGCAGCCAUCUGCACCUGAGACGAGACACUCUCCAGUCCGUGAUCCAGUAGAAGCUCACUACACAAACCUAAAGCAGCCGCAGAUUGUGGUUCUUGAUGAAGAUGACGAUCUGGAUGUGAAUGUCUUCGCCUAUAAUUUGGACACGUGUCAACACAACAGACACAAAUGUUCCGCUUUUGCCGAAUGUCGGGAUCACCGUGACGGCUACUGUUGCCACUGCAGGACCGGGUUCUACGGCAGUGGGCGGGACUGCGUGGCAGAGGGCAAAGCUCAAAGGAUGAACGGAAAAGUCCUGGGACGCGUGUCUGUCGGGUUCCUCGAAACAGAACUCAACAGCGACUUGCACGCGUACAUCGUAGCCAACGAGGGGCGAGCGUAUGUGGCUGUAAGCAACAUCCCAGACACCUUAGGGCCCUCCCUCCUGCCGCUGUCAUCACUGGGAGGAGUCAUCGGCUGGGCCUUCGCACUGGAGCAACCGGGAUUCCACAACGGGUUCCGGCUCAUUGGCGGCGUCUUUUCCUGCCAGGGUGAGGUCAUUUUCCAGCCCGGGAACGAGCGUCUGAGCAUCAAGCAGGAAUUUCACGGCAUCAAUGAACACGAGCACCUUGUGGUCAGCACCCGACUGGAGGGACAACUUCCUGCCAUCGAGCUCGGGUCUACAGUCCACAUCGGGCCCUACCAGGACAUCUAUUCCCACCACAAAAACCUGAUCACUUCGUCCUCUCAACGCCACUACACCAUCACCUCACCGAAUGGCGACGUCAACACCGGAAGCUACGAGUGGCGUGAAACCAUCACAUUCCAUGGCUGCCCUCACGACCAGACCGGCGGAAUGGUGCCGUCCAGCCAACAGCUGACCGUGGAUCAGAUCUUUGUGAUGUUUGAUGCCGGUCACAACCUGACACGCUCGGCUACCAGCAACAAGAUCGGCUCCGUUCACGCUCUGCUUCCGGAACAGAAUCCCUGCCUGACGGGAAGACACGGCUGUGACGUCAACGCCAUAUGCCGUGCAGGACCGCAGCUCCACUUCACCUGUGACUGCGCUUCGGGGUUUUUCGGAGACGGGCUGCGUUGUCAGGAUGUCGACGAGUGUCAGGAUACGUUGGGCGUUUGCGGACAGAACGCCGUCUGCAUCAAUCAUCCUGGAAGUUUCCGCUGCAAAUGCGUGUCCGGUUUCGUCUUCGCCAUCGAUGGGACAACGUGCGUCGAUGUGGACGAGUGUGAAACGGAACGCUGCCACAAGGACGCCGUCUGCUCAAACACGCCAGGCUCCUUCCGCUGCCAAUGUCGCCAUGGUUACCACGGGGACGGUGUCCACUGUAGCCCCGCCUCCUCAGAACGCGAGAAGAGCGCAUGCGAACGGGAACGUGAGAGCGCCAUGGCGACCUCAUCUUCUUACGGCUUCUUCUCCUUCAUGAGGCGCACCGCCGCGGCAGUGCCGAUUCCUCAGUGUGAUGAAGACGGCUCGUACCGCUCCACGCAGUGUCACGAGAGCGUGGGACAGUGUUGGUGUGUGGACGCCGGUGGCCGGGAGAUUACCGGCACUCGAACCACGAGCGACAAUGCCCCCUUGUGCAUCCAACGUGCCAUCACUCCUACUCCCAUCGGACCGACGCCACGACCCGAUGUCCACCCCGUGACCCCUGGAACGCACAUACUGUUUGCACAGAGCGGGAAAAUCGAGCUCCUUCCUUUGGACCAAUACGGCAUGAAGAAGAAUGACGCCAAAGUUCUGCUGCAUGUCCCCGAUCGUGUGGUCAUCGCGUUGGCGUUUGACUGUUUAACCCAGAGCGUCUACUGGAGUGACAUCACGGCGCCCGCCAUCAGCAAGGCUCAUCUCGGUGGAGGAGAUGUUGUAGCCGUGGUCACUGAAGACAUGCAGAGUCCCGAAGGACUCGCCAUCGACCAUGUGGCCCGCCUCCUGUUCUGGACCGACUCGGUGAGGGACACGGUGGAAGUGUCCAAACUGGACGGCAGCCAGCGCAGAGUUCUCUUUGACACGGACCUCGUCAACCCUCGGGCCAUCGUCACCAACCCCGCCUACGGGCAGCUCUUCUGGACAGACUGGGACCGAGACGGUCCAAAGAUUGAGAUGUCCAACAUGGACGGGUCGGAGAGGGAAGUUCUAGUUGAAGACAAACUGGGUCUUCCUAACGCGUUGACAUUUGAUUUCGACACCCAACAACUAUGUUGGGCGGACGCAGGAAGUCGUAAGGUGGAGUGUUUGGAUGUGGCUCACAGACUGCGGCGUCAGAUGGUGGAGAAGAUCCAGUAUCCCUUUGCUGCGGUAUCAGUGGGGAGGACGCUGUACUACACAGACUGGAGGAGGGAGGCCGUGGUCGCUGUUGAUCUCCACUCGGGAAAAGAGACCGAUGACUUUCUGCCGCAGAAACGUUCUCGACUCUACGGCAUCACCACAACCACGACGCGGUGUCCACAAGCGUACAACGUGUGCGCCGACAAUGGCGGUUGCGGUCACCUCUGUCUGCCGCGCCUCGGCGGCUUCACGUGUCACUGCCCGGAUGACGGCUGUGCGGCGGCGGCGGCAAAGUAAACAGCUGAUCAUGUGACGUUGAGUAAUAUUUAACUUUUUACACUGUGAUGAACAAUCAAAAACUUUUUUUAUUAAUAAACACUUUUAUAACAAUUAUUAUUAUUGUUGAUGUUAUGGAAUGGUGCUAAUGACGACAUCUUUCCAUGAUUAGGCUUUUUAUGUUUUGAUU